AUCCUCCAGCUUCCACCUCACGGGUUUCUGGUGUUACAGAUGUGGGCCACUGUGCCUGGUUUAAUGAAGUGCUAGGGAUGAACUCAGGGCUUCCUGCAUGGUAGGCUAACCUCCUACCAGCUAAAGUACAUCUACCACCCGCAUGUUGUGCGUUAAUGGUUGACCUACGGGGAAAUGUUUACCAAGUCACCUUCUAUGCAUAUCUGGAUAGAAGAUGACACAGACUUUAGUGAGUGGAAAUAGAGAUUUUGCUGUUUCCUUGAAGGGCCCAAAGGCAACGCAUAAAAUGCAUCUACUUUCUAAUCCAGCACAUCCCGCUAGCCCCACCCCUACUAAAGGCCUGCGAGCUUGCGAUUGGUUCCUCUGCCCGCCGUCGGUUGCCGUGGAGACUCGGCGCUAAGGCCUUGCGCUCAUGGCGCUGUACCAGCUCUUCUCCCACCCGGCUGAGCGAGGCUAUCGUGCCGGGCUCUGCUCCAAGGCCGCGCUCUUCCUACUGCUGGCCACGGCGCUCACCUACAUCCCCCCUCUGCUGGUGGCCUUCCGGAGCCACGGGUUUUGGCUGAAGCGGAGCAGUUAUGAGGAGCAGCCGAGCGUGCGCUUCCAGCACCAGGUGCUGCUCGUGGCCUUGCUGGGGCCGGAGCCCGGAGCCUUCCUCGCCUGGAGCACCUUCCCCACCUUCAACCGGCUGCAGGGGGUUCACCUGCGCGUCCCCCUCGUGUCGGCUAGAGAAGAGGACCGGAACCAGGAUGGGAAAAUGGAUGUGCUCCAUUUUAAACUUGAACUUCCCCUACAAGCCACAGAGAGUGUUCUCGGUGUGCAGCUCCUUCUGACCUUUUCCUACCAACUUCAUAGGAUGUCAACAUUUGUGAUGCAGAGCAUGGCGUUUCUUCAGUCCUCCUUUGCUGUCCCCGGGUCACAGUUAUAUGUGAAUGGCGACCUGAGGCUGCAGCAGAAGCAGCCACUGAGCUACCGAGGCCUGGAUAUCAGAUACAAUGUAUCUGUGAUCAAUGGGACUAGUCCUUUUGCCCAUGACUACGACCUCACACACAUUGUCGCUGCCUAUCAGGAAAGGAAUGUUACUACCAUCCUGAGUGACCCCAACCCAAUCUGGCUGGUGGGCAGGGCUGCCGAAGCUCCUUUUGUGAUCAAUGCUGUCAUCCGAUAUCCUGUGGAAGUCAUUUCCUACCAGCCAGGCUUCUGGGAGAUGAUAAAGUUUGCCUGGGUUCAGUAUGUCAGCAUCCUACUCAUCUUCAUCUGGGUGUUUGAAAGAAUCAAAAUCUUCGUGUUUCAGAACCAAGUAGUGACCUCCAUUCCUGUAGCCGUGCCCCAGGGAGAGCUGGGUAAAGAGCACUUAUCCUGAGAAGACCACAUCAGGAGACUCGAGGGACCAUGGCUACCUCAUCCCUAGCUUCUGAGAACUGUGACUUUACACCAUUUCUGCAAAGAGCCUGCUGGACACUUUCAGGCUCGCAUAUUUCCCCCUCAGAGACAAAGAAUGGUUCUUUCAAUGUAGCACUCCACAAACCCUAUGCCUUCAAAGCACCAAGGAAACCCCAAGGACAAGUUUGUAGAAAGGUCCCAGAGUUACUAGAGGCUAUGGUUUUUGUUUUGUUUUGUUUUUGCUUUUGCUUUGGCCUUGAAUUUCAGGAGAAAAUUGUAGUCAGCUCAUACAUCUUUGGAAGAGUCCCACCUCUGGUUAAUGAAAGACUUUACCCCUUUUGAACUGGGCUGCCCUGUGCAUUCCUCCUACUAUUAUAAGCUACGUUUUAGCUUCUUCAGGGCUCUCUCGAGAAAUAUGCAAGUCCCUAGUACUUUCUACUCCUGUGUGUCUACACAUUGUCCAUUCAGAACUUUGAUUUCCAGAACUGAAGCCUUUAACUGGAGAACUGAAGGGAGCAGGCCUAAAUACAAGAGUCCCAGAAACAUGUGCAUGCGGGUGGGUAACUUAAGGGCAGGAGGACCAGACACCUGCCCUCAGGCUAAUAGAUGGGAGCCUGUCAUCGGCUCAGCUGAACAGCCCUCUGUUCUUGCCCUGCUGUGGCUGGCUCUGUGCCCCGUUUCUUGCCCUCUGUCUGUGUCCCCCAGGAUGGCGGCUGAAGUCAGAAGUACUGUUUUAUUUGGUCUGUGUCCCCACCCCCAGUAGCAGGGAAGGAUGUCAGGCUUCUAACAACAGGUUCUUUCUCUCUGGUCCUCACCCAACAACCUGGCCACCUGGCCGUCCUCCUCUUUGACGGCCCACCCCCUUUCUGAAAGGAUAUGGGUGACCGAGGGGUCGGUGGCGGUGUUGGCUUCCAUUGCCUAACAACCGCGGGGUUUAUUUGGAGGCUGAGCCAAAAACUCAGUUGCUUGCAGUUCCGUGACUAAGGAACAGGGUAUUCAGCAGAAGGGAAGCUUGGCGGGAAGCGUGAGGAGCAGGUAAAGAGGAGGCUAAGCAGGGCAUCUACCAGAGUGACAAGCAGCCCAGCCAGGGAGCCCUCUCAUCUAAAGAAGUAUCCACAAAGAACAUGGCCAGAACAAGCUCCUACCUUGCAGAGAAAACUGCAGUUUGGCCUUAUUCUUGUGCUUGAGAAAUUGUGCGGUCUUAAAGGACAGGUGGCUCUGUUUAUGACAUCACCAUGUUAUUAGCCCUGGAAGGACAUACCUACCCUACCACCCCAUGCUUCAUGUCUAACCCCAAACACACUCCUCAGUAUAUAUCUUAGUUUACCUUGGAGACUCAGUUCUGGUUUCCAGAGCACCUUUCUGUCAGACUGAGCAAAGUAAGAAUUUUGAAAACAAAGCUAUUUUGAAGUAUUCAAGCAGAAAAAUUCCCUAGUACUAGUUUCUCUGAUUUCACAUGUACAGCUAUUUAUAUGCCUGUGAUUUUUUUUCUGGAGAUUUAAAUGAAAAAUGGCCUCUGAUUUCAAUUUCAAAAAGGUUAUGAGAAGGUUAGGGAUAUAGCUCAGUUGGAAGAGUGCUUGCCUGGCAUGCACAGAGCCCUGGGGUCCAUCCUCAGCAGCAUUUAAAAACUUCAUCCAAGCACCCUGGAGGUGGAAGCAGAAGGAUCAGAAAUUCAAGACUAUUCUUUUUUUUUUG